UUGCUGGUGGCACUAGUAGAAUAAGUGAGUUGGACAUGGAGAGAAUGCAGGAAGCCUAUACAGAAGAGAUAAAAAGACUGAAUUUAACAAUCGAGCUUCUUCAAUUGAAGCUUGCUAAAUACGAAGCCGAAAACAUGCCUGAUUGUGCAGGUGAUAGGGAGGCAGUUGCAAAGGAUUCGGACGGCGCGGACCGCCUGAAAGCUGAGAUACACACUCAGGAGCGACUCAUUGCCGGAUAUCAGAAGGAAAACCAGAGACUCUUCCAACAAAUAACAGCCGCUAAGGAGCAAUGGAAGAAAGAGAAGGAACGACUAGAAGAAGGAAUACGUAUAGCAUCGUCGAGAAAAAUGAAAAACACGCAAGCUCUUGAAGAACAAUUGAAAGAUGCCAAAGAAACUAUUGUUCGUUACAGAAUGGAGUUGGAUAAAUAUAAGGCUGAGAAUGAAGAACUUGAGGAUGAAUGCGAGCAGCUGAGAGAGACAAUAACCCUCCUAGAAGCAGAGGCCAACGACCACCGGAGACAGAUUGACGUACUAUCUAGUCAGCAGUCAGCAACGAAUAAGGCCUCCACUCCCACUCCUCUUCGCCCCAACGCUGAGUUAGCUCUCACCCAACAAUUGACAAAAGCGCAACAACUCUUGUCCGAUAAAGAAAGCCAACUAGAAGACCUGAACAGAGAAUUGAAAAGCUUGCGAUCAGGACCUGGAAGCUCAAAAAAGGAAACUGAACUGAACACAGAAAUAAACUCUCUGAGAAUGACAGUGUCCCAGUUGCAGAGUUCAUUAACACUGGAGCGAGCUCAGAACAAAUCACUGAACAAAGAUAAAAGUGUACUUGUUAGAGAGAAUAGCGAUUUGAAGCGUCAGGUGAAAGAAGUUGAAGGAAUAAUCAAGCAGCGCAAUAAGAGUGACUCGGCUGUGGCUAGUAUAGUUGGCGGAGAAAAUAGGGUGAAGGAGAUGGAGGACCUGUUGGCCACUCGUCAAGCAGCCAUUGUUUCUAUGCAGGAGCAGCUAGAAGAAAUGGAGGAAAAAUACGAAAAACAUCUCACCGAGCUAGAAAGGAAGCUGGUUGCCCUCAGUGAGGAGAACAAAGCAUUGAAAGAGAGGAAAAACGAGACAACAGCUAAGGAUAGUCGAGGAUGUGAGCCGUCAUCUUCGAAUUUAAAGAAAUGCUCCAGCUCCUCAUCCCGAUGUGCUCCUUCAUCUUCCAACUGCAACGCCGCCGCUGCAAGUGCUAAGGAGGAUGCACAUCUGUUGGCUACCAUUCGAGGCAUGAAGCUGGAACUGUCAAGUAAAGAGAAAGAAAUGCUGAAGCUCAGUAGGGAGUUAGAAGAUGCAAAAAAGACUAACAAACGACUACAGAGAGAGAGGGAGAAACAACUGAAAACCGCUUCACCUCUAAAACCAUCUUCUGAAAUGUCAGUCAAGAGCGACAAAUCGACCUCCGCCAACGUGGACAUCGCGGAUUCCAAUCCUGUGAGAGGUUACAACCCAAAUAUGUAUCAAGAAGAGAUUGAAGCAGCGGCUUUGAUAAAAAUGGAAAAUAAAAGUCUUAGAGAAGAAAUCAGAAGACUUGGUAAAGAUAUUUUAGCGCUAAACAACAAGCGGCUGCAGGAUCUGGUAUCGUUGCAGUCUGAACAUCAACAAGAAAUCCAGCGUCUCAUAAAUGAUUACACUAACAGGCAUUCUCAGACAGCCAUAGCUGAACUUCAAGGCCAAAUUUACACUCAACAGAUGGUCAUCAAUCACUUGAAAGAGCAAUUAAAACAACUGACGCUACUGCAAGAAGAGAAUGCGAUGCUGAAGCUUGAAAGAGAUCAUUUGGAGAAAGCGUUGAUGGGAGCCAACAAGAAAGUUCAAGAACUCGCAACACCUGUACAUUGAAAAUGAUUCUAAGCAUGCUUGAAUCCUGCCAGUACCGAAAUUUGUUGGAGAAGUUUGAGAAUCUGGAAAGGAGACACGAAGUGAGGGAGCAGAAAUUGCAGAGCAUCGUGAGAGACCUGCUGGCCAACAACAACUCCGAGCCAGCCGUUACAUGUGGCACUGUGUGUCGCAACAAGCUGCUCGACAAAAACCGCGAGAUCUGCUAUUAUCGGGUAGAAAUGGACAAAAUCCUAGACGCUCUUCGUGAAUUCAAACGAUCAAAAUAGAUUAAUCAGUUUUUACACUGUAGUUAAAUAUGUUAUCGGCUGUGAUCAUUCCAAAUAACUCCACUUCUAGUGAUAUUCUAACAUUCAAAAAUGAUAAUAACGCUUUAAUCCAUCCAUACUUAGUCCAACCUUAGCAGCCCAGUCCUCAACUGCUAUAAAAAUGAUAAUUUUUAUAGAUUUUUUAUCUUAGUCCAUUUAUCGCAAUAGUAAGUUAUUAUUAAAAUACUCUAAAUAAUUCAUUAUAUAUUAGAAAUUCGUUAUAUUCUAAAGAAUUAUUCUAUUAUGACAAAUGGGAGCUUCAUUGUUGAGAGUAAUACAUGAAAGUUUAUUGGGACUUGGGAAGGAACUGUUGAGCUUAGAAAAAAAAUGUGUGAUGAACGUUCUCUUGUAGUAGCCAAAGAUUUUCAAUGUUAAUUAAGCUUGGCUGUGGUAAAUAUUUUUAACGUAGUAAAUCAUAUGAAUUCCAUUAUUUAAUAAUAGUUUAUCAAACUAUUUAAACAGAUUAUAAACAGCUUCAUGCUAUUUUUUCGUAAAAAACUGAAUCAUUCUUUAAAUAAAAUAUAGGUACGUAAUCUUGAAAAUUCUAUUGUUAAAAGUGAUGUACAUUAGAAAGAAUUGACUUUGAAUUAAGUUCCAAACGAAUAAAUAUGACUAAUUCAAGGUUUGUAAUCUAAAUCAAAUUGUAAAA